UCGUUUACCUCUGCCUCGAUGUAGGCAGAGAUGUAGUAGUAGGUUUGUUUUACAAGAAACGAUCUUAUCAGCAGUGUGCUCCCUAUAUAGUAAUGUAUUGCUAGCAAUUGAGUUAAAGACAAGUAUCGGUAUGGUUACUGAGAUUAAAAUUGAAUAAAUUUUAGCGUGACGUACAAAGGUGGAUGACAUGUAAAUUGUAGGGGAGCUUGAAGUUUUGAACACAUUUGCACCACCGAAGUCAUGUCAUCGAAGCAGAAGCUGUUCGAGCUUUGGAUGGUCUACAGUGUGAAGAAUGAUGUUGAAUUAUUCAAGGAAUUUAUCAGCCUCUUCUUAGAGUGCUAUGGAGAUAUCCUAGACAAAGAUUUCGUGCAACUUAGUGAAGGUUUCAGUCAGGAGGGUCCUAGCCUGACCUCUUUGCCAGAUGGACUUCUACAGUUGAUCUCCCGCCAGCUUGUGGUCUGCAUGGACACAAGCCCAAGCCUCCUAGACCUAGGUUAUGUAGUGGACCUUCUGAAAACUCUCAUUAUCAUUAGCAGAAACAUGGACAAUGUUGCUCUUGUUGGAUCUUGUGAAUACGUUAGCCACAGUGUAACAAUAGCAAGCAAUGUUCUGAAAGAGUUGGAAAGUCCAGAUCCUGCAGGUCAGAAGAGAGCUGAGACAUUUCAUGUGUUUCUGGAACACCUGCUGUAUUUUUUUGAGUGCUUGUAUGACCCAUAUUUCGUCUGGAGACAAAAGUUGCAUGAGCAGACGGUUGAUUACAUGCGCCUGCUAGAGAAGCCAGCACUGCUUCACGUGGAAGUAGUGCCUUUCUUCUACGAAUGCUUUAGGAAACACAGAACUGUGAUACCUGCUGAACUACAACGAAGAAUAUUGCACAUGUUUGGAGCUGUUAUGACAGGGAGCCAGCAUAACGCACUGACGGCAGUCUCGCCGGCCACCCUCGACGUCCUGCUCGACCUCGUGACGACGGACGCAGGUGGCGCCACCGUCGAGGACGACUCCAGCAUGCAGAAUCUGGCGCUGAAGUGCAUCGUAACGGCCGUGCACGCGCUGCACGGCUGCAGUCCGGAGCAGAGACAGGUGGAUAUCAGUGUACUGCUGGACAGUUACUUCUCUGUGAUGAAUAAGGCUUGCCACCAACAAGAGGGUGCAGAAAUCUUAGCACACGAAGACCAGGAAUACGCCAUACCCAUAAGGCUGCUGAACACGGUGUCGGACAUGCUGGCGUGCUCGGACAAGGUGGCGCUACAGGCAGCCUUUGUUGGCUCCAAUUGUUUCGACAUCUUCAUCGACCUCCUGUACAAAUCAGCCCUGACGGGUGUAAAUGCACAGAUACUGGCGAUGGCUGUGGUGAGGGCGCUGUCAGCGGUGGUGGCGGCAAACGACAAUAUCAAGGAGGUGUUUUCCCAAAAGUCUGGUUUUCUCAAAUUGAACGAGGCUGUCAAAAGCCUCGGUCAGCCUAGCAUGGAGUUACUGGAAACGUUACUCAACAUGGUCGUGGAAGGAGACUACAAGUAUGCAAAGGACAAGUCUAUGGCCAACAUAGGUGCUGCUCUGAUGCUUGUACACUGGUUACCUGAUAUCCAUUCUCAUGAUUUACAGAGUUGGCUUUCGGAGAGACUGUAUGCGCUAUGUGCUAAGGGCAUUCACAACAAGAUGCAAUGCUGCAGCCAGGGCAUGAUCAGUGCUAUCCUUGUCAUCAUGAACCGACAGAAACAGAUCAGCCCCAGGGCUGUAGAGCAGCUGUUCAACCUGCUGGAACUGCUGGGAAGUCAUUCGAUCACAGCAACAGAACUCAAGCAACUUCUGUCACUGCUCAGACUGGAUGAAGAUGGCAAACAGUUCCCAUACAUGAGCAGACUAAUGCAUGCAAUGUCUGUGAUGGCCAGGAAAGAAGGAGGUUAUGAAGCAGCUCUACACUAUUUCGACAUCCAGGGUCAAGAUGAGGGUCUGUUGAUCCCAGGAAUUCGUAAGUGGGCUGGAAAUGGCUUCUCCUUCCAUGCGUGGCUCACACUUGACCACGCCAAAACCAGUGUGGGCCGCCCAGCACGUCGAAUGCUGUACAGCUUUUUAACUGGCACCGGCAUGGGCUUCGAGGCUUUCUUCACGCAAGAGUGUCUUCUAGUCAUUGCUGUCAUAAUCAAAAAGGAAUUCCAUACCUUGUUGGUGACUGAUAAGCCUCUUGCUGAUGGACACUGGCACUGCGUAGAUGUCAUCCACACAUCGUCACGUCGACCGUUCGUACAGAGCCAGAUAUCUGUGUUCAUCGAUGGCAGGCAGAGACUCACAUCCCAGCUGAAAUUCCCCAGCCUAGCAGAGCCAUUCACCUACUGCAGGAUUGCCUCUGGAGGGCAGAGUAGCAUUGUGCCUGACCCCUCUCACCUUUCCUCACCACAAUCCACCCAGCCGACAUUCCCACUCAAGCUAGGAGAACUGCUGAAACCCAACCUUGCUCAGGGUGCCUCUGUGCAGACGUUUGUCGCUGGCACCCAAGACGAAGUUUGGGGGAUGCCGAUGUCACUGCAGGGGCAGCUGGGCUGCGUGUGCGUGUUUCACGAGGCAUUGCAGGCAACACAAGUAAUACAGCUAUACAUGGCAGGACCUAACAACCUGACACCAUUUCUGAAUGAGGAGAGUGAGCCAACCGAGCUGGCCAGCAAGCUUGUGCUUUACUACAGCGCCAAGGCCUGCAAAGAUGGCAUCUGCACCGACCUGUCUCCCAAUCACAUGUACGACGCCCGCAUCUCCGCGCCAAAGUGCGUCACCUACGACAUCAAACAGAUGAUUAACUGCGUCGGCGGAGUCCAGGUCCUCUUCCCGAUCCUCGAGCAAGCUGUCUCGAACGGCGCGUCCGACGGCGUCGCCGACUCGCCCCUGCAGAGGGCGCCGUCUGUCGAGGCGGCGGCGCCCGACGACUGGGUGAUGGUCGGCGGCACGAGCAAGUUUGCCGACGCGCACCUCGAGCGCAACCAGGUCGCCGGCUUCCUGACGCUGCUGCGCAACAUGGUCGCCGACAACGCGCUCAACCAGGAGAUCCUGCUGCGCUCGAACGGCGUCGCCGUCGUCGGCGCCCUGCUGCAGCGGCUGCCGCCGCCGCUCAUCGACGUGCACGUGCUCAUGGCGCUGCAGCUGCUCGUCGAGGCAGUCGGGCACGCCAAUGCGCAGCUGCUGCGCUGCGUGCACCAGUACCUGCUCUUCGACUUCCGCAUCUGGAGCCGCUCGGAGUUCCCCGUGCGCAUCGGGCACAUCCAGUACCUGUCGACGAUCGUCAAGGACGAGCGCAAGUACUUCCGCAAGAAGUACGGCGUGCAGUACCUCUUCGACUUUGUGCGCACGUACUACACGCGCGAGGGCGCCACCGUGCAGACGGAAGACGCGCGCGCGAUCCGCGUCGCACUGCUCGGCCUCGUCCGCUACUUUGUGUCGCGCGAGAUCACACACGAGGAGGUCGCCGCUCUGCUCGGCUUCGUCGCCGCGGCGACCGAUGAGGAGGAGCUGCUGCUCGAGGUGUUUGCGACGCUGCAGACGAUGCUGGAGGCGAGCGAGGCGGGCGGCGGCGGCCGCGACCAGCUGCUGCUGCUCAUGCACGAGCCGGGCUGUGCCGAGCAGCUGUACGCGCUGCUGCCGGACAAGCGCUUCUCCGUCCAGCUCAAGUACAGGGUCGUCAAGGUGCUGUCGCUGCUGCUGCGCACCGAGAAGGUGUACGAGAAACACAAGUCGUACGCGCGCCUCGUCGAUGUCGGCCACAGCGGACUCGUCUCGCUGAUGCGCGGCGGCGGCGACGACGUCUGCCUCGCAUGCUGCUUGUUUGGCCGUCCGCGCGCAACGAAGCUGCUCAACGCGCUGCUGAACAAGAGCGGCGCGUGCAAGCUGUUCGCGAAGCAGCUCGCGUGGCAGGACAGCAUCGCGAGACUGUUGGUUUGCCAUCCUGGCCUUGGCUCGCCACAGCACACAGUGAGUGGCAGCGACAGUGAUGAUAACUUGCUCAACCUGGAGUGUUCGAGCGACUCACUACCGAAGAGCACGAGCGACGACACCAUGCUCAAUCUAGAAGAGGAAGCUGUGCCUGUGGCGCCACCUGCAGGUGUGGAGGGAACUAACGGUGAGAGCGCGACCGACGUGAGCCCGACCGUGCCAACCUACCUGCAGUUUGAGGAUGACCAGACCUACGACGACAACAUGAUGACAGCGCUGUCCACGGCAACCUCACAGACAACGUCGCCGGCAGCUUCAGCAGCAGCCAUGGCAGGCGUGCGCGAGGAGAGCCCAAGGUCACGCUCUCACAGUGAGAGCCCAGAGAUGUGCAGUGAGCGACUUUCUGCCCCACGCAAACAGAGCGACAGCGGAAUCUUUAAUUCCACAGCCAACAGCAUUGCAUCCCUAGUUGGGAGUGUAAUGUCAAGCACAGAUAGUAUGAGUACAGGCAUGUCAUCAUCUAUUCUAAUGGAACCAGAGACCAUUUACCCAAAGAACUGGAAUGGCCUUGCACUGCACUUUGAUAUCACUGAUACUACAGGCAAAGAUGAGCAGCUGUGUCAGCUGCUGCUCAACAUCUUGCACAUGAUCAUGUGGCGAGGGAUGGAUGGCAGUGACAGGGCUGUGUGGAAGGAGAGAGGCCAGGUCUUCAGCUGCCUCAACUCACUAGGAAUGAACAAUGAGCUCAUCGUUCCUGCUCUGCAGCUGAAACGAAGGCUUCUAGAGAUGUCUGUUCAGGCAGCGCUCUCAGAUCUUAAAGAUAAUCACCAGAGCAACUUCAAAUAUAUAGAAAAUGCAGUGGAGGUGGUGCGUAUUGCCCAUGACUUCCUCGUAGCCAAACAUGGCGAAAAUGAUAGCAACAAGUGCAGUGCCUCCUUGCUGGAGAAUCUGAUGGCAAUGUUAGACACACUGGCUGUUUGGGAUGACCAGAUUGGCGAGGAGUGGACGGAGAUGGCGCAGACUGGUCUCGCGAUCCUGCUCGUCUUCAUCGAGAGCGAGGAGCUGGACCUGGUCGCCAUGGCAACCGUGAAGCUGAACAUGCUGCUGCAGACGCGUCAUCUGCGCGGCACCAACGAGGCAUGCUUCCUGCUCGGCGGCGUCGACCUUGUGCUCGCGCGCACGCCACAUGACAGCGACCGCUUCGCCUUCCUCAUCCCCGUCAUCAAGUGCCUCGUCGAGAAGUGCGCCCCGAUGCUCGACGUGCAGCGCCACCUGCCGAGCGUGCCGCUCUCCAACCUCGCGCCGUCGUUCUUCGACACGUUCAAGGAGUACUCCGACGGCGAGGAGUGGCGGGAGUUCCUGCGGCGGCGGGUGAUGCCGGGCCGGCGCGUGCACGUCGAGGAGGUGUACGCCGAGAAGCAGGAGAACAUGAAGAUGUUCUGGAAGGACUGCUACGAGGCGAUGAUGGUCGUCAUUCACAUGCGCAACCGCGAGAUGGGAGAGAGCAAGCUAAGAUUUCAGAGCUCAAUCAUAGAACCUUUCAAAAAGCGAGGGAAGGAAGAGAGAAAACGAUAUCAGCAAACGAUGCAGUUGCUUAACAAGCAGCACCAAUCUACCCUGAGGCAAUGGAAUAUGAUAAAGCGCUUUCUAGAGGGAGAGAGAGGAGCCUGGGCUGCUAGGGAUGCGGAAUUCAAGCACUGGAAGCUGUCUCCUCAUGAGAACCUCUCGCGUAUGAGGGUCAAACUUACCCACAACUGGAGCUACAGUGAUCACACAGACGCCAGCCGUCUCCGUGACAACCUUCAAGCCGUGGGAGAUCGGGACCAAGUUGCGCUAGAGAACUUUCCCAUAGCGGUGGCGCAGCAGGCCCGCGUUUCCGAGAUGGUUGAGGACAGGCUUGGCGAUGAUGAGUGGAAGCAGCUCAGCGCUGCAAAUUCGCAAAGCGCAGAGGCUCAGGAGAAGGUAAAGACGGUUGUUUCCGAGGUGUGCUCGCUCGUAACACUUGUAGACGUGACACCCGGCAAGUUCGAAGUCACCAACACCAACAUGUAUUUCUUUGACAGCAGCAAUAAGAUAGACGAAGAGGGAAACCAAGACUUCAAGUAUUCGGUGUGCCACCUGAGAGAGGUGCAUCUACGCCGCUACAACCUGCGCCGCAGCGCUCUCGAAUUCUUCCUGCUCGACCAAACGAACUUCUUCCUCAACUUCAGCAAUACAAAGGUUAGGAAUAAAGUUUACAGUAAGAUACUCGGCUUGCGGCCAGCCAAUCUCUCCUACAAUGGCAUUCGCUCUCCGGCAGAGCUACUGAAGGCAUCUAGCCUCACAGAGAAAUGGCGUCAGAGAGAGAUUUCAAACUUUGACUACCUAAUGCAGCUGAACACUAUAGCUGGAAGAACUUACAACGACCUUAGCCAGUACCCAGUGUUUCCAUGGAUACUGACAGAUUACACGUCUGAGGAGUUGGAUCUAGAAAACCCACUGGUGUAUAGAGACCUGAGCAAGCCUGUGGGAGUCGUUAACCCUAAGAAUGCUCGCCAAGUGAAGGAGAAGUAUGACACGUUUGACGACCCGACGGGUGUUCCUGGCUUCCACUAUGGGACGCACUACUCGAACGCAGCUGGCGUGAUUCAUUAUAUGGUCCGAGUGGAACCGUUCACAUCCCUGCACAUUGAGCUUCAAAGUGGCAGGUUUGAUGUGGCUGACCGAAUGUUUCGCGCGAUUCCAAAAACCUGGCAAAUUUUGAUGGAUAGCCCUAACGAUGUAAAGGAACUCAUACCUGAGUUUUUCUACCUGCCCGAGUUUCUCGCCAACAUGAACAUAGGAGCUGUGGACCUUGAGGCCAUCGUAGAUCCAGCUGAGAGAAAGGCAGUAGAAGGAAUGAUAAACAACUUUGGGCAGACGCCCUGUCAACUUCUAAAGGAUCCCCAUCCACGCAGAAUGUCGUUUGAAGAGGCGAUGCUGCGCAUGCAGAGGUUGGAGCCGAGGAAACUCAACCUGUUCAACUUCCUGGGCCAGCUGAAGGCGUUCUUCGUUGAGGUGUCUGCAGAGAAGGAACCUAUCAUCUAUGUGGAUGUGCCCAAGAACCAGGCCCGCUCGUUCAUCCAGCAUGGGAUGCCCGAUGCAAUGGUGACAAUCACAGACUUGGGAGUGGUCGGUGUGCAUGGAUGGCUACCUUAUGAUAAAUCCAUAUCCAACUACUUCACAUUUGAAAAGGACUCAUCGUUAGCCAAUGUUAAGACGAGAAAGAAAGUGGGCGGUCCAUUUUCUCCAGGCUUAAAGGUUGAUUCAAGGUUAUUUGUGACAUCCCACGACGCUCGUCUGCUGUUCUCCGGCGGCCACUGGGACAACAGUAUCCGAGUCUACAAUCUAACGAAGGGAAAGACUACAGCAUACGUCAUCCGUCACACGGACAUAGUCACUUGUCUGGAUCUGGAUAGCUGUGGAAGUCAUCUCAUCUCAGGUUCACAAGACACUACCUGCAUGGUGUGGGAACUCACACAAGACAGGUCUGGUGCAUCACUGGGAAUUAUUGGCAAGCCUUUGCAGAUACUUUAUGGACACGAUGCAGCAGUAACAUGUUGUGCCAUCUCUAUUGAGCUUGACAUGGCUGUGUCUGGAUCACUGGAUGGGACGUGCAUCAUCCAUACUGUGAGGAAGGGACAAUAUAUGCACACGUUGCAGCCGCCGUGUCUGGCUUCACUCAUAAUACCAUCUCUAGCCAUCGGUGAUCAGGGGCACAUCGUAGCUUACUGCAAGGCACAGAGUGGCAGUGAGGUGGCAUAUUCUCUGCACCUCUUCUCGAUCAACGGCAAGCACCUCGCCUGCGAGACGGUACCUGCUGCUGUAACACACAUGAUCAUCAGUUCUAACCACCUAGUGACUGGCAAUGAUGGUGGACAGCUCUCAAUUCGUGAACUAUUUUGGUUGAAGCACGUCGUCACUAUGCCGCUACACAGCUGCAUCCGUUGCCUGUACGUUGCCCCUGGCAACACCCACCUGCUGGCAGGAUUGGGAGAUGGAAAGGUCAUCAUUGUGGGCAUCGGACAGAAACCGGAGGUGAAGUGAGAAGUCAUUGAAAGACGUGUUAGCAUGAAAUGAUGUGGAUGCACCGUCUUUCUUCUGUAAAGGUCUUGUUAGGAUAUCACAGCUCGCUAAAGAAACCUUGGUCGGAGUGAUUUUGGAAACCAUUAAAAGGCAUCGGCUGUUGUAUUUUUAAAGUGAAUUGUUGUACUUUAUAACAACCUACCAUGGCGAUUUUCGAAAGAAUGGCUAGAAAGAAUGUUAGUGUGGCGACUUACAUUUCGCAUUUCAUUGGUAAUUGAAUUUUUUUGGAUUCUCAUUAAUGAACUUUUGUUUAAGAUUCAGAAAUAUUUAUUUAAAUGAAGUCUAUGCAUUACUAUCUUCAGUAGGGUCCACGGUUUCUAAUAUCUCAACUUGGCCCUAUAUUUGAGGUAUAGGAUCAUGUACUGUCGAAGUUUGGACGCGAAAGUCAAAGGCAACAUAGGGCACAUUUUUAAGUUUUUCAAAAUAUGGUCUUGGCAAACCUAGUGAAAAUAAUAUGUGUUUUAGCUGCAACGGUCAUUUUUAUUAUUUUACUUAGGCAGGAGCUGGCCAGCGAUUGACAAUUUACAGAACAGUUUGAUUAAGUGCACUGUGUUUUAAUAAUGUUGGUAGUGAUUAGCUAGAAUGAUAAAGUUCUUUACUUAAUAUAAUACAUUAUAACCCAAUCUUGUAGACAAUCUAGGUUUGAAUAUAUUCAUUUAACAUGCUAGUCAAUAAGCUGCCUGGGAAUACAUCUUAAGGAUAAUUUAAAGUGUUACUAAUUACUACUAUUUGCAAAUAUGAAUUUUAAUAGUAAUCCUUGUAUUUAUUAAAGUUGACUUGUAUGUUGAUGGUUUAACUAUUACAAACAUAUUUGCAGGCACGCACAUACACACACAUACAAGGAUAAUUGACAACACGCACGCACGUGCAGACGUGCGCAUGGGCACAGAUGCUUGGACGCACACGGUAACACCCCAACACACAUACAGGAAGACUGACAUGACUUUAUUUAAACUAAUUGCUAUUAUUUUCACCUUAAGUCUGUCUUAAAUCAUUAGUAUCCAUUUAAUAUCUAUAGUGUUUUAAUGAUGAUUCUGCAUAAAUUUUAAUAUUGGCCUAUGAAAGACAUCUAUUAAUUACUGCAAUAAUCUCAUGACUCUGGGGUGCAGUGUUCUGUUUAUAGUCAGCUCUUGUAUUGUUCCAUCAUCUAUACUAGAUAUGUAGUCUUUUUAGAUAGAUAGAAACGAUGUUAUUACUGAAUGGUUACUCAUGAAAUCCGAAGGUGUAUCAGUGCAAUCCUGGUCACUUCGUGGUCAAUAAUAAUUGUUAACGUUGUUCAAGUGGAACACUGGUCACUAACCAGUCAACAUUGUAACUAGUGCCAAAUUGUAAAGUGAAAAAAACGUAUUCUGUACAGAUGUACAGUCAUGUAAAUGUUGUACGAUAAUGACUUUACAGCUCUUAUGACUUUAGUGUGUAGUAUAUUAACCUAGAAGUUAGUAGCUAUUGCUGUGUUAGUGCUAGUUUUCACAUUGGUUCUCUAGAACCCACAUCGUUAGGCUAGCAUGUUCAAUUGCUUUGCCUUUCAGUAUUGUGUGAUUACGUAUAGAAAUGACUGGACUAAUGUCUAAUUAACACAUGUAAAUGUUAUUUGUAAGCUUCCAAUUUUGCAGUCGGUAAAUUACACGUUGCUGUCAAAGUCCUGAGCAAUUGGAUGUGCGAGGAUAAAGAUGACAUUACUGUCAUUUCUGACUCAAAUCUACUAUGCAAGUAAUGUUUUCAAACUGGGAAAUGCCUACGUACUUCCAAACACGAUACAGAAAUCAGGGAAGCUCUGCCCAAAGGCCCCAAUCUUACCACAUUUUAGUGUAUUUGUUAUUCAUUUGCAUGUGGUGUGAUUCCCCGAGGAUCAGUGCGUUUCUCAUCUGUUUAGAAAUGGGUGCAAUAUCUGACCCAGAUUAGUCUGAGAAAGCUGCUUUGACUGGUCAGUGUGACCAUAAUAUCGAUUAGAGAAAGCUGCUUUGACUGGUCAAUAUGACCGUAAUAUUUAUCAGAGGUAGCAGCUUUCACUGGCCAGUAUGACGAUAUUGUCAAUGGAAUGGGAUUUUAUUUCAGCCAGUGUAACAGUAAUUAUUGCUGGUGAUUAAUUAGUGCAAUGAGAGUUUUAAUGAGGUGAUUGUUUGAAUUGCUGCGAAGAUUUAUAUAAUCAAAAUCAUAUUCAGGCAAAUGUACUCAACUUAUCGAAUUGUACAUUUAAAGAACGCAUUGUGAAUAUAUUCUUCUUUUCAUGACUAGGUUA